GGGCGCGCGGGACGGGCCGGCCGGGCUGCCCUGGGCGCUCCGUGCCAGCGAGCGCCGCGCGCCGCAGCCAUGACGGUGGAGUUCGAGGAGUGCGUCAAGGACUCGCCGCGCUUCAGGGCCACCAUCGAUGAGGUAGAAGCAGAUGUGGUGGAAGUCGAGGCCAAGCUGGACAAGCUGGUCAAGCUGUGCAGCGGCAUGAUCGAGGCUGGCAAGGCCUACGUCAGCACCAACAGGCUCUUCGUGAGUGGCGUCCGUGACCUGUCCCAGCAGUGCCAAGGCGACUCUGUCAUCUCAGAAUGUCUGCAGAGGUUUGGAGACAGCUUGCAGGAGGUGGUCAACUACCACAUGAUCCUGUUUGAUCAGGCCCAGAGGUCCGUGCGGCAACAGCUCCACAACUUUGUCAAGGAGGACGUGCGGAAGUUCAAGGAGACGAAGAAGCAGUUUGACAAGGUGCGGGAGGACAUGGAGCUGUCCCUGGUGAGGAACGCGCAGGCCCCGAGGCACCGGCCCCACGAGGUGGAGGAGGCCGCGGGCGCCCUCAGCCUCACCCGGAAGUGCUUCCGCCACCUGGCCCUGGACUACGUGCUCCAGAUCAACGUCCUUCAGGCCAAGAAGAAGUUUGAAAUCCUGGACUCUAUGCUGUCCUUCAUGCACGCCCAGUACAGCUUCUUCCAGCAGGGCUACAGCCUCCUGCACCAGCUGGACCCCUACAUGAAGAAGCUGGCGGCUGAGCUGGACCAGCUGGUAGUCGACUCUGCUGUGGAGAAGCGAGAGAUGGAGCGCAAGCACGCCGCCAUCCAGCAGCGGACGCUGCUGCAGGACUUCUACGAUGAGUCCAAGGCGGAGUUUGACGUGGACGCGCCCAGCGGCGUGGUGAUGGAGGGCUACCUCUUUAAGAGGGCCAGCAACGCCUUCAAGACGUGGAAUCGGCGCUGGUUCUCCAUUCAGAACAGCCAGCUGGUCUAUCAGAAGAAGCUCAAGGACGCGCUGACCGUGGUGGUGGAUGACCUCCGCCUGUGCUCUGUCAAGCCGUGCGAGGACAUCGAGAGGAGGUUCUGCUUUGAGGUCGUGUCUCCCACCAAGAGCUGCAUGCUGCAGGCCGACUCGGAGAAGCUGCGGCAGGCCUGGGUGCAGGCCGUGCAGGCCAGCAUCGCCUCCGCCUACCGCGAGAGCCCGGACAGCUGCUACAGUGAGAGGCUGGACCGCACAGCGUCCCCGUCCACGAGCAGCAUCGACUCAGCCACGGACUCUCGGGAGCGCGGCGUCAAGGGGGAGAGUGUGCUGCAGCGCGUGCAGAGCGUGGCCGGCAACGGCCAGUGCGGCGACUGCGGCCAGCCGGACCCGCGCUGGGCCAGCAUCAACCUGGGCGUGCUGCUGUGCAUCGAGUGCUCAGGCAUCCACAGGAGCCUGGGUGUCCACUGCUCCAAGGUGCGAUCCCUGACGCUGGACUCCUGGGAGCCAGAGUUGCUGAAGCUGAUGUGUGAACUUGGAAACGGCACCGUGAACCAGAUCUACGAGGCCCGGUGCGAGGGUGCGGGCAGCAGGAAGCCCACGGCCAGCAGCCCCAGGCAGGACAAGGAGGCCUGGAUCAAGGACAAAUACGUGGAGAGGAAGUUCCUGCAGAAGCCGCCCACUGCACCAGCCCGAGAGGCCCCGAGGCGCUGGCGGGCGCAGAAGUGCCCACGCCCCCACAGCUCCCCCCGUGCCCCCACCGCCCUCCGCAAGGCCCGGCUGGAGCCCGUCCUGCCCUGUGUCGCUGCCCUGUCCUCGGCAGGCACCCUGGAGCGCAGGUUCCGCCGCGACUCCCUCUUCUGCCCGGACGAGCUGGACUCUCUCUUCUCCUACUUCGACGCAGGGGCUGCCGGGGCUGGGCCGCGAAGUCUGAGCAGCGACAGUGGCCUAGGCGGCAGCUCCGACGGCAGCUCGGACGUCCUGGCCUUCGGCGCAGGAUCCGUGGUGGACAGCGUCAGGGAGGAGGAGGGCGCUGAGUCUGAGGAGUCCAGCGGCGAGGUGGACGUGGACACCGAAGCUGAGGCCUGGGGCCUGGCGGACGUGCGCGAGCUGCACCCCGGGCUACUGGCGCACCGUGCGGCGCGCACCGGAGACCUCCCCGCGCUGGUCGCGGCGCUGGCCCAUGGGGCCGAGGUCAACUGGGUCGACGCGGAGGACGAGGGCAAGACGCCGCUGGUGCAGGCCGUGCUAGGGGGCUCCCUGAUCGCCUGCGAGUUCCUGCUGCAAAACGGGGCGGACGUGAACCAAAGAGACAGCCGGGGCCGGGCGCCCCUGCACCACGCCACGCUGCUGGGCCGCACAGGCCAGGUCUGCCUGUUCCUGAAGCGGGGGGCCGACCAGCAUGCCCUGGACCAGGAGCGGCAGGACCCGCUGAGCAUCGCGGUGCAGGCGGCCAACGCCGACAUCGUCACGCUGCUCCGCCUGGCGCGCAUGGCUGAGGAGAUGCGGGAGGCCGAGGCUCCCCCGGGUCAGCCGGGCCCCCUGGCGGGCAGCAGCCCCACGGAGCUCCAGUACCGCAGGUGCAUCCAGGAGUUCAUCAGCCUCCACCUGGAGGAGAGCUAGGGCCGGGCUGCGGGAAGACCCUGGCCCUCGCCAGCCGCAGCGCCACCUGACGACGCAGCCUGGC